AAAGCUACCCAGGUCUAGAUCUAUCAGGAUCCUUGGGAGGACCCCGGGACGUUGGAAGCUUCGUUUUCAAUAACCUAGGCUCAGUGUCAUAGAUCAGGCCUGUAAGGUACUUACAUGUAUGGAUCUCUCACGAUGACCGAUACAAACGGCCACCCUCAUCCCACAUCCAUGCGUUCAACAUGUCAAACAGACGGACAGCUCACGCGGGAGCUAUCCUUAUAUAACGGCGUGUCCAACCGAUCGCGAGGCUGGAAGACGAAAAGGUCUGACAAGAGCACGGAAAUACGGCCGUCUCGCAAGUGGAGUAUUAGGAGAUGGGACGGCGCUUCGAUGUCUAGUAAUGCUUGGGACCACUUGAAAAGGGAUCCCGAGUUAUGGUAUCGGGAUGGGAAUUGCUACAUUCAUCUUUACGGCCAGGGACAAAGCCGUAGAGGCCCGGCCUUCAAGGUGCCUUUCUCCGGACUCCUGGAAGCUAAAUGCGAACCGUUCAUCGAUAGAUUUAUGGCUCAAGAUAUCAUCAAGUCAAACGGCUUGACUCAUAACGACAAUAGUGAUCCAGUAAGACGAAGUCGCAUCGAACUCUUUAUCCCGUCGCCCCCUCGGUCAGAGAAGCAAAUGUCAUACAAAUACCAUUUAGCAACUCGUAAUUUCAUCGCUUAUGUGUUUCGCAGAUCAGUGGUUGGUGAGAAUCUAGGAGCUGCUCUCGUCACUCUCAUGCACAGUAUGUUUGAAUUUCGAACCGAGGGCGUGGAUAACGUAAAAGACUUGAUGGACUACCUGGACGAGGAGGGUUAUCUCAACUUCAGAAACAACCCAACUCAUUCUUUAGCUAUACUUCAUUUAGCAGAAACUUUUCAGUUGAGAAACCUUUACAUCAGUGCUUUCGCACACUGCUGUGGUAUGAGCGGCCAACUACCCUCCUCCCCUGAAUAUCAGUUUGUGUCUCCCGGAACCCGAAAGCUGAUUCGCUGUGCUCGGGUUGAGAUGAAUCUCAGGCUGGGUCAGAGUGCGAACAUGGUUGGAACUUUCCUCGAGUAUGAAUUAUCAGAGGCACACCUUGGUCUAUACGCCGGUGCUAGAGCGCAUCUUGAACGGUUCCGAACUCUAUUGCAAAAUUUUUACGUUGCCAAAUUUGGGUCUUACCCGCCACCAUCCGUCGAUUCUCGGACGACAAUGUUUGAGAUAGAAAUCCUCCAAGAGAUGAGAGCUGAUUUCGAAGCGCUUUACCAAUACUUAGUUGACGAGACAAUCGAUAUCACAAAUAGAAGCCCAUUCUUAGCUGAGGGGGGCAUAUGUGCCUGGCAGUGUAUCCAGGCAUUCGACAGGAGACACGAAUUCAAAACGCUGCUUCAUCCCCUUCCACUUCUUCCCAAGGUAUCCCGGGAAAAUACCAAAAGGACUUCAUGGUUAGGUAAACCUAUGAAAUCAGACCGGAAAUGGCGAGAAAACACCCACGCUGCUCUGUUGGAGGCCACAAACUCGAAUGCCAAUCUUAUGAAAAAUGGUUUGGUGAGGAUAUAUCGCCAGUUCGAAGAAGGACUAGCCUACUGGCCUACAAAAGCAGAUAAAAUAGAAAAUCUGGGGCCUAUGGAUAGCCGCAAGGUGCGGUGGAUCUUGAUCUACGCGACCUACCAAGCCCUCCGACAAGCAACAGAGAUACCAUCCGAAGUCCGCGAUACCGCAGGCGCUCCGUACCAUCUCUGCAUCUCCACAGCCGACCUGCCUCCGUGGGACGAAGACCGACCCGUACAUAAACUCGUGCGAAGGCAGACGCACCAUCUCGCCCACGGCGCCCUCACAUCGCCGAGCCAGGAAUCCACCGCGAGACAGCCGUCUCCGCGCGAGCAGAGCUUCGAGAUCAAGCCGGAUAUCGACUACUUCGCGCUCACGCACCGCGACAGCGGCAACGAAAGCGAAACCAAAGACGGCGGCGGCGUAUCGCGGCUCCGCAGAGCGGGAAGCUGGACCGGAAGCCUAACCAGCAACCUAUCGCGGAACCUAACGACGACACGCCGCCCCUCCGCCAAACUGACCAAGCAGCAGCCGGACCGAACACCCACGCCCAUUCACCGCAACAGCAGCAGCAAGAGCAAGAACAACGCGCACACGCCUUAUCACGAGAUCGUCGUCCAGGGCUACGGCAACGGCACGAACGACAUAAAAGCCUCGCUCGUCGACGUCCCGCCGCCGCCGAAGCCGAAGCGCAAGUCCACGAUCGCGGAGGAACCCAUGGACCCCGUAGUAGCAUCGGCGGCGUCCACGUCCUCGUCGCGCUACUCGAGUAACUCGGACCUGCGGAAGUCGUCGCAGGAGAGCAGUAGUACGGGGAGCGCGGGAAAGACGCCUGAUACGUCGGUUUGCGGGAGCGCGACGACGGAGACGCAAGGGCAGGGGCCGGCGCGCGGGCCGGCGAGGCUGCGUAAGGAGCGCCGCGCCGCGGAUUCGCGUACGGGCACGUGUACUGGUCUUGGGUUCCGGCGGAGGAUGCGUGACGAGCGCGCGCGUACGCAUACGUUUCAGGCGGGUUGCGGGUUAGGAUUGAUGAGGAGGCGGGAGCGGGAGCGGAGUGAAGAUGAACGCUUGCAAACGCAUUGUCACUCUCACUCUCACCCAGACAUGCACUCACAUCCACAUUCCCAACCUAAUUCAAACACACACUUAGACCCAUCCACAAACCAACCCGUAGACUCCUCCCCCGCGAUCCAAGAAAUCAGCAGCGCGGCGACGUCCCUCGAGAUGCCGGCGCCCCAGGCGCCCACGUCGUGGGACUACGUGAAGGCGGUCAUGGAGGUGAAAGCCACGAGCUGGAUGACGGCGAGCGGGGGCGAGGGCGAGGGCGCGGUUGCGGAUGACGUGCACCCCGGGUGGGAGAUGUACAACGACCUCGGCGGCCUGACGGAGGUGCACGAGAACGCGAGUUCUGCGCCCUCUAGGGCGGAGGGGAGGAGGUUGGUUAAGGCGCCGCCGCCGGGGCGGGGGUAUUUCUAGAAUGGAAAGGGAGAAAGGGAGGGAGGGAGAUUGUUCGUGAGAUGCGUUUUAUGAUGGAUGGGUGGAUGGAUGAUACCC